CACACACACACACACACACGCAGGAGCAGCUCCGCCCCUGGGCCCACCUUCCCCGGACGGCCUUAAAUGCAGGCAGUGGGCGCUCCGCUGCACAACCGCAACCAUUCUGUCUGGGUAGUGGAACCUGCGGGCUGGGAAACUUCAGGAUGGUUCAUGCUAAGAGCUGGACCCUGAAGAAGCACUUUGAAGGCAGCCCUACUCAUAGUAACUUUGAGUUAAAGACAGUUGAACUCCCAUCCUUAAAAAAUGGAGAGGUCCUGCUGGAAGCUUUGUUCCUUACCGUGGAUCCUUAUAUGAGAGUGGCGGCCAAAAGAUUGAAGGAGGGUGAUAUGAUGAUGGGGCAGCAAGUGGCCAGAGUUGUGGAAAGUAAAAACUCAGCCUUCCCAGCAGGAACUGUGGUAGUGGCUUUUUCAGGCUGGACGACGCACUCUGUUUCUGAUGGGAAAGAUCUGGAAAAGCUACCCGCAGAAUGGCCAGACACGUUACCGGUGUCUUUGGCUCUGGGAACAGUGGGCAUGACAGGGCUAACAGCCUACUUUGGCCUACUUGACAUCUGUGGUGUGAAGGGUGGAGAAACAGUGAUGGUUAAUGCAGCAGCAGGAGCAGUGGGCUCUGUGGUGGGGCAGAUAGCUAAGCUCAAGGGCUGCAAAGUUGUUGGAGCAGCAGGGUCUGACGAAAAGCUUGCCUACCUCAAAAAGCUUGGAUAUGAUGUUGCCUUUAACUACAAAACAGUAGAGUCUUUGGAAGAAACUUUGAAAAAAGCCUCUCCUGAUGGUUAUGAUUGUUACUUCGAUAAUGUAGGUGGAGAGUUUUCAAACAUUGUUAUCCCCCAGAUGAAGAAAUUUGGAAGAAUUGCUGUAUGUGGGGCCAUCUCUACAUAUAAUAGUACUUGCCCUCCUCCCCCAGGCCCACCCCCAGAGAAUAUUAUCUAUCAGCAGCUCCGCCUGGAAGGGUUCAUCGUCACCCGCUGGCAAGGAGAGGUCCGCCAGAAGGCUCUGAAAGACUUGCUGAAAUGGGUCAUAGAGGGUAAAAUCCAGUACCAUGAAUACAUCAUCGAAGGAUUUGAAAACAUGCCAGCUACAUUCAUGGGAAUGCUGAAAGGAGAUAAUUUGGGAAAAACAAUAGUGAAAGUAUGAAAAAAAUGACACACGGAAUCUAGAAAUCAUUUGGAUAAUUAUUUCUUUUUAACCAUUUAGUAAAAAUGUAUACUACCUUCAUCAUCUAAGAAAUAGUCAUUGUGAUGAGUUUGAUCUCCCUAAUAAAACACAUGUAAGUGGUAUGUAAUUA